UCCACUAUUUUCCUUAUAAUCUACUAUCUUAGGAAUAGUUGCCUAUCAGUGUGACUUCUAUAUCACAGCUGAAUUGAAUUUUCAACCACUUUUCUUCCAGUACAAUCAUUUUUUAACUUGUCUAGUGUAUAUGUUCACUAACACUCAUCCUGAGGUUUACUAGCACUCACCCUGAGGUCUACUACACUCACUCUGAUGUCUACUAACACUCACUCUCAGGUCUACACCAGACACAUUGCAGGCUCCCAGCACCAGCAGCCUUAGAGAAUCUUGAUCAAUACAGCAGAUUUUGACUUAUCUCUGCAUAAUGGAGGCUAUUGUUAAUGCUUCAGCCUUGCCUCUGUCUAUCAUCAUUGUGGGGAUUGGUGGAGCAGAGUUUGACAGCAUGGACGAACUGGAUGGAGAUGUUGUCCGCCUCUCCAGUCACGGUCGGUAUGCUGCUCGAGACAUCGUACAGUUUGUGCCAUUUCGGGACUUUCUGAUGAGGAAUGGGGAUCCUCUCACAGCUGGGCUUCGACUGGCUAGGGAAGUGCUAGCAGAAAUCCCUACUCAAGUUCUCUCUUACAUGAAAGCUAAUAACAUCAUUCCCCAGGCACCCAAGAUCAACGAUGCGCUCCUGCCAGCAGAUCUCACUUGAUCACCUCUCUCAUACUCUCUCACAAAGCACAAGAAUGUAGCUGACUUGCCUCUACCUAAUUAACUCACAUGAGUAAGGCAAGCUUCUCUCAUGGACAUAGAUGUCUUUUGCAGAUGAUUUUUUUCAAAUUCUAAUUAACUAUUUGUCCACUUUCUAUUAAAUGUGAUAAAUUUAUACACAUACAGUAAGCUAAGCUGUCUUAUAUAGCACUCUGCAUAGGCAAAUUUUUUACAGAAUUGAAUAGUGUAUAAAAAGGCCAUAGUGUACACUAUUCAAUUUUGCAUCAACUGUAUUUUUAUAUUGCAAUUGCAAAACUACUUGUGCCAUAUAGAAUAGCUCAUAAGAGAGCAAACUGUAACUCACUUGAGUAAAGAAAGGUAAGGCAAAACUUAUGUCAUGGACGUGGACAUUCUCACAGCCGAUUUUAUUGAAAUUUUUAUGGACUUUGUUAAAUGUGAUGUAUGUAUAAGUUCAGUAGAAUGAGUUUUACAAGUGCUGCAGUUUUAUGCCAUUUUUUACUUUAUUCUUUGUUUUCUUCAUAACUGUGGGAACAACUUGUUAUACAGUGGACCCCCGCAUAACGAUUACCUCCGAAUGCGACCAAUUAUGUAAGUGUAUUUAUGUAAGUGCAUUUGUACGUGUAUGUUUGGGGGUCUGAAAUGGACUAAUCUACUUCACAAUAUUCCUUAUGGGAAAAAAUUCGGUCAGUACUGGCACCUGAACAUACUUCUGGAGUGAAAAAAUAUCGUUAACCGGGGGUCCACUGUACUUCUAUGUUACCAGUGAAUAUGUUGAGUGUAAAAACUUCCUCAGAUUCUUGACUUACAAAUGCUCAGGUUACAAUAUUCUUGACUUAGGAAUGCCCAUAUUAUAAUAUUCUUGACUUACAAUGUCCAGGUUACAAUGAUCUGUACUUACAAAUGAGAUUUAAAAAACUUAAUACAUACAGAAUUCUUUUAUAAAUGAUGAUGUGUUAUUCAAGGCACGUCUGGCACAAUUAUUCUUUGUACUCUCCUAAUUAAUGAGUAACAGGUUGAGUAUUAGAAGCGACUCAUUGGUAAGUCGACUCACUUAGAUUAACUCUCGUUCGCAAGUCACUAGCCUUAUAUAACUUGUCUGGAUGUGCACCUUUCUUGAUACUUGUUCAAUACAGAUUCUUUAAGGGAAAUUUUAAAUGUUGCAUCCAUGGGUGUUCAUUUACAUCCAUGGGUGUUCAUUUACAUCCAUGGGUGUUCAUUUACAUCCAUGGGUGUUCAUUUACAUCCAUGGGUGUUCAUUUACACCCAUGGGUGUUCAUUUACAUCCAUGGGUGUUCACUUACAUCCAUGGGUGUUCAUUUACAUCCAUGGGUGUUCAUUUACAUCCAUGGGUGUUCACUUACAUCCAUGGGUGUUCAUUUACAUCCAUGGGUGUUCACUUACAUCCAUGGGUGUUCACUUACAUCCAUGGGUGUUCACUUACAUCCAUGGGUGUUCACUUACAUCCAUGGGUGUUCAUUUACAUCCAUGGGUGUUCACUUACAUCCAUGGGUGUUCACUUACAUCCAUGGGUGUUCACUUACAUCCAUGGGUGUUCACUUACAUCCAUGGGUGUUCAUUUACAUCCAUGGGUGUUCACUUACAUCCAUGGGUGUUCAUUUACAUCCAUGGGUGUUCAUUUACAUCCAUGGGUGUUCAUUUACAUCCAUGGGUGUUCAUUUACAUCCAUGGGUGUUCACUUACAUCCAUGGGUGUUCACUUACAUCCAUGGGUGUUCACUUACAUCUAUAGUGUUCAAUUUACAGUCACCUCUGUUCAAAGGAUCCUCUGUACAGUGAACUUCAUAAAUGCCAUUGAAAAAAAAUCCAGAAUUGAAUGGUACAUGACACUCAAUUUUCAAGUCAUUUAUGGAGUCACAUAUAUUAAUGCAGUAUAUAUAGAAGAGGUUUAUAAGAGAGCCGACUUUAUUAGCGCCACAGCCAGGCAUAAUAAAUCUACUAUUAUUAUUGAAGUUAUAAGUCAUUACUUUCAUUAAGAAAUUAUUGUAUUGUAAAUUAUUGUAGUGUCUGUAUUUUUUGAGCUGAUGGAUUUCUGAAUAUUUACUGUAUAGCAUAUACAGUCAACUCUGUUAUAACGCUCCUUUAUGUGGAGUGAUUGUUUUUAUGCACAUGUGAUUGGAAGAGUACAGUGGAACCUCGAGUUUCGAUCAGCUCCCAACUCGAACAAUUAUGUAAGUGUAUUUUUGUAAGUGCUUUUUGUAAGUGUAUUUUUCGGGGUCUGAAAUGGACUAAUCUAAUUUACAUUAUUCCUUAUGGGAACAAAUUCGUUAGGUAUCGACACUCGAACAGCCUUCUGAAACAAAUUAAGUUUGUAACUUGAGGUACCACUGUACAUCCAAAAUUGAAAAUCCCAUGGAAGGUGCAUCACAGUAUACCA